AUGCAGCGUGACGAGCAGAGACCUGAGGGAAGCCGGUUUGACCCUUAUUGGAACUUGUGGCCUGGUGACCAUCGGGUGGGAAAAGCGGACAAUCUCCUGUCCCGGAGGUGCCCUAAAGCAGUGAGAGGCACAUACAAGACCCAUUACACCCCUUGGACCGGUGGGGGUGAUCCCAGUCCCCCCAUGGGAGGCUAUCCCUAUGUUGACAGAGUGCAGAGGGAAGCAACACAUGCUGUUACACCAGACGGGGACAUAAAGAUGGCAGAAAUCCCUGUGCACUGUAGUUUCCAAAUGAAGAGCACAUCGAUGUCCUCGGCAAAUUGGACGAAACAUUUGUGA